ACCCGCUGUAAAACCAGGGGAUCCGAACUACUGGGUCGCCUUCCUCCAAGGCCGAGCCAGUGCUUCCCCCCUAAGGCACUCCGAAAGGUCUAAAGGGAGGAGCGGAUUACCGAGGCUUCACGUUUCCAUUUCCAAAGGCUCCACCUCAGCUCCCGGUUCCGCAACCACCUGUGCGCGCCGCCGGACGGGGCGGGGGCGGGCGGCGGGGCCGGGCCGGGCGCCCCGAGCACCGGGUCCCUCCUCUGCCUCUGCUAGCGCCUGCGGGUAGGACGGAGAGAGGCUUCAACAGCCCGGCACGGCGGCCGCCGCGAUUUAACCCAGCGGAGGCUUUACUGGCAGAUAAGUUUCCGCCGCGCUCCGAGUCACGGUACCGGGAGGGAGCCGAGCCGAGCCGAGCCCGGCAGGAGGAAGCGGCCGCGCCGGCAGGUGCCGAGUUGGGACGGGGCGAGCGCAGUGCGGAACAUGGACAAGCUGAACAAGCUGACCGUGCCGGCCGGGGAGAAGUUCAGACACUGCCAGGUGCCAGCUGGGGCACAAGACAGAACCACUAAACUGCAGAAGAUGGCUAUUUGUGAUGUUUCAAGCAUAACCAGAAGCUGAACCUAUUGGGGGGGGGGAAAAAAAAAAAACAACAAAAAAACCCAACAACACAGAAAAGCAGAAGUUCUUCUGAGAUCUUCACGUUAAAUCUCCAAAUCUGGGGUAUCUGGUUAGCUUAGAUAACAAUCCAAGCUAUUCUCAUUGAUGCAAUGCAUUGUUGCAGGAAAUCUCAAACCAUUUUGCUAUGUGCCUGUUUCUCACAUCUAUAACUUCAAAAGAUGGUGCAUGACAUCAAGAAAAAUGACAGUGGGAUAAUAAACAAGUUCAAAAAGUUCCAAAAUGAACAAGUGGCCUUAAUUUGCAAAACUGGGAAAGAUACUUGGGAUCGGCUAAAAAAAAAGCCUCCACCAAGUCUACCACAAAGGGAUUAUGCUUCAGAACAUGCAGACAAUGAAGAGGAACAAUGGUCAGAUGAUUUUGACAGUGAUUAUGAAAAUCCGGAUGACCACUCUGACUCUGAGAUGUACGUGGUCCCCAGUGAAGAGAAUCCUGAUGACAGCUAUGAGCCACCUCCAAGUGAGCAGGAGAAAAAGAAGAUUCCCUCCGCAUUCCCUAUUUCUAGGGGUGAAUACGCAGACAGUCGUACCAGUCAGCAGCAGCUUCCUCCCAUCAACAAACCUCUCCCGAGUACGCCCAGUCCAGCUGUAUCCAGACCAAAGAAACCAUCCGUGCCAUCCCUGCCACUGCCAUCUCCUGCUGCAAAACCAAAAGUACCACCGAAGCCUAAGGAGUGUAGCGAUGAUGAGGAUAAUUACAUUGUGCCAGUGGACAAUGACGACGAUAACUAUAUUGAACCCACAGAAAGCAGCACGUCACUACCUACAAGAUCUCCUGUGAACAGAUUUAUGAAGACAACAAAGUCACCCCCUCCUACUUCUCCAAAACCUUCUCUUAUUUCUGAUAUGCAAGAAGUCUAUGAGGUUCCUGAGGAAGAGGAAAAACCAUCACCACCACCAGUAACCAGGUACACUAAGCCACUUCCAUCUGUGCCUGCUCAGAAUAUGGAGCACUCUCACGUGCACACCAUGACCAGAGAGUCACCUAAACUGGAUACUUCCAGAAAUAUUUUGCCACUUCCCAGAAAUCGUCUUCAUCCAAAAGCAGACCAUGAAGCAAAAAAUAGUGAUGAAAAUCAUAGCUUCAAUAACACACAAGAAUCCAGAUUUCCCACUGGAGCAGCUCCAUCUCCGUUACCAAGGGGCCUAAAGAAAACUUCUAAUGCAGUAAAUUCACCAAAACCAUGUUUACCUUCCAGAGACACUUUAACUGCAAAUGAAGAAAAACCUACGGCAGCAGAACGACGACGAGGUUCCAGCCAAGAGCUUCCGCUUCCACUCCUUCCAAGUGGUGCCCAAAAGUCUUUGCUCCAAAAGUCCUCAAUUCUGCCAAAAGUGCCAGAAGCUGCAAACCGUUCCCUGGGUGCUUCCUCUCACAGCAGCUUUUCAUCCAUUUCAAGUACUGCAGACCAGGAUGCUGGUGUUUAUAGUAAAGCAUGGUAUGCUGCUACCUGUGAUAGAAAAACAGCAGAAGAUGCAUUGUACAGAUCAAACAAAGAUGGAUCUUUUCUAAUAAGAAAGAGUUCUGGACAGGAUUCACGGCAACCAUACACACUGGUUGUGUUUUACAACAGAAGAGUAUACAACAUUCCUAUACGAUUUAUUGAAUCAACGAGACAAUAUGCACUGGGCAGAGAAAAAAGUGGCGAAGAGCGCUUUGACAGUGUUGCUGAAAUAGUAGAAAAUCAUCAGCGCACCUCCCUGGUUCUAAUUGACAGCCAAAACAACACAAAAGACUCAACAAAACUGAAAUACAUUGUAAGAGUUUCUUAAUCAAACCAAACUCCUAACAUGAAGACUUUUUUAAUAAUUUCUUUCAACACCUCAAAACAUGUGGAUCAGGUAUUAAAAGAACAUCCAAAAUGAUGGAAAAUACUGUUUAAGAGCAUCUACUGAGUAGUUCAACCCCGAGUCACUUUAUCAGAAAAGCACUCAUAUUUAACAGAAGCCAAAGCAGACACACUUUUUUCUGUGAAUUCAUCUGUGAAAACAUGGGUAUUCAAAGUCACGUGAAGAACUGCAUACCACAGCCUAGUCCUUUUGACUGCUAUUUAAAGAUAGAUUUCCUGUAGGACAUUUUUCACGUCAAAAAUGAGAAUACCCACGGUGAUCUACUCUUUGCAUUUGUUACGUUUACCACAGAUCACUGCUUUCAGCAAUUUCUUUGUAAAGUGGACAGCCCCAGAAGUUAGACCAACUCGACCCAAUAUACUACUGUGUACAAGUUGAAAACAGGACUGUACUUCAUGUGAUUAGUGGCAAUAAAGCUGUCUAAAUGUUUUAGAUUAAUGGACACAUGUUGUCCUUUUCCUCAGCUUUACUCUGUUUCAUUAAUAUUUUUGUUUGUAUUUUCAAAUGUGCAAAUAAAAUUAAAAAUAUUGU